AUGGACCUAUCUCUAACGCUGCCUGACUUCCCAAUCAAGCCAUACGCUCAUAUAUUACCGCUACUUGACAAGGCCGGCAUAACUAUCAAGGAACUAUUCCUACUAGAUGCUCUGGAGAUUGCAAAAUGUUCUCGUGCCCCUGUUACGGAUAUUCGAAACUUGACCGCCCAUAUUCUUGAGGCUCUUCGCCAGGAUCUGGGGCUGGGAACGGAGCAAGAAAAGGAUAGGAAUAACGAGGCACGUCCAUUGCAAUCAAGGCGCGAUGGAAAUGACCAUGGCAAUGGCAAUGGCAAUGUUAACCACGAGUCAAGCCGCCUUUUGGCCGAAAGUAAGGCCUCCAUAACCUUGCAUCCACCUUCGUUAGGGCGAAUCAGUACCCUAGACCCGAUACUCGAUUCUGCUCUUUCCGGAGGCAUAUCGACCGGAUACGUGACAGAGGUGACCGGAGAGAGUGGCUCCGGAAAGACGCAGUUUCUACUUCAUCUCCUCCUCUCAGUACAGCUUCCCGCACCCCAUGGUCUGUCCAAAAACGCAUUGUAUAUAUCAACAGAAUCAGAUCUUGCCACAAACAGGCUGAACCAACUCUUGAACGAACACGCGACUCUCCAGGCACUUCCGCCUGAUACGCCACGCCCAUCACUGGAUAACAUUUUCACCGUGACCACGGUUGAUCUUGAAACACAGGAGCAUGUCAUUAACUACCAAAUACCGGUAGCUAUUUCCCGCUAUAAUGUCGGUCUUAUAGUAAUUGAUUCCAUAACGGCGAAUUACCGUGCUGAAAGCUCUACGGAGAGUGUAUCUGGAUUGCUAGAGCGGUCAUGGCAGCUGAAGAAGCUGGGCCAUUUACUCCGGACAUUGGCUGCAACGCAUAAUAUUGCUAUGGUGGUAGCAAAUCAGAUAUCAGACGGAUUUGAAAGUACAUUACACGAUUCCUUUGUGAUACCUGAAGGAUUUCGGGAAACCCCUGGGAGUCCUUUAGAACACUCCUCUCCUAGUGCUGCUCCGUCGUUCGCCCCAGCAUCCCAACCCUACCAGCCACAGAAUGACGUGGGAAAUAAACCGAAACAGAAUCCGCUCUCUCAUUCUCCGCAGCUGGAUCAAGGGUAUCUCGACAAUGACGACAUGCAUACAUGCACAAUCCCAAGUUUCAAUACGCUUUUAAGCCUUGAAUACCAACAGCCGUUUUUUACUGGCUGGGGAGAGGCUCCAUAUUCCUACGGAGGUGGCCUAUUUGGGCCUCCGAGAGGGUAUAAACUUCCGGCAUUAGGGCUGGUCUGGACAAAUCAGAUUGGUUGUCGAAUUGUGCUGAAAUCGAAGGGCAAAUACCGGUCGCUAGGCGUUAACGAUUUAGAAACAUCAAUUGGUCAUAAUCCUAACCUCAACGCCCAGGACGAUAAACUAAAGAUACCCAAAGAGACCCUCGAAGCAUUUGACGAAGAACCUAAAACUGUGUCUAACGAUACAAAUAACCAUAGCCAACAGGCUCAUGACCACAAGGUAGAGUGUAACAAUAACUCCGAACAUACCACAACUUUACCAUUACUGUCUUCGCAGGAGAGUUUUGCUACUCUAGGGGAGGAAAAUUGGAGUGACUAUACCUCUGUACCUACAUCGGAUUAUAGAGGACGCCGUCGACAGAUGCAGGUGGUAUUUUCGCCAUGGGCCUCGGGAAAUCCAUGUCAAGAAGAAAACUACGGCCAUGGGGCUGACGGGAGUCUCAAUGAAGAUAACACUAUACCCAAGGAGAUAGCAUUCGAUUCAAUGUAUGAUGCAGUGGAGUUCGAAAUUCUACCUCAGGGGUUACGCGGUUUGGGUAGUCAAUGCUACCACCUAAGUUGA